AUGAUACUCUGUUGCUGGAAGAUUCUGCUCCAGCUCACAAGGCCAGGUCAACUCAGCAGUGGCUGCAAAAGAACAUUCCAGAGUUCAUCUCUGCCUCGGAUUGGCCCUCAGGAAGCCCUGAUCUCAACCCACUAGAUUAUCGGCUUUGGUCCGAACUGGAGAGGAUGGCAUGCCACAGAGCAUACCCUAA